GUCAUAUGAUAAACCCGGAAGACGUCGAUGGCUUCAGUUUAGCUUCAAACCUCUUCGUAUUUUGCAGAAUUUAUCUUUUUUGUUGUUGUUUUUUUUUUUCGCAUGCGUUUUCGUCCGUAGAUCGUGUUGAUUUCCGCGGCUCGCCAUGUCCGCGGGCCACACGAAAGAGCCGAGUUUUCUGGGAGGCAGAAUUCCCCCAGAAAUCGAGUCGAUGUCCAAGAAUCUGAAGGAUCUGGACCAGGACACGUUCAGAAAGUUAUUAAAAGCGGUGGUGGGGGCGCUGGAGGGCAGGGACGGCAGAGACGCGCUCAGGUCCGUGUCGGAAAACUCCCCCGUUCCUCUGGAGAAACUCGGCCUCGUCGUCGCCGGGAUGUUCCGGGUUUUGUCCGAGGCCUUACGCGUCUCCACGGCAACGCUCAAGCAGGAGGCUUUUAAAGAAGACCUGCGAGAUUUGAAAAUCCCAGAGGAGUUCAUCUCAGAUUUCUCCAGUGUGGUCUUUGGAAACCGUCGCUCCGUCCUGGAGGCGGCGGCGGCUCAGUCGGACCCUCGCCUGCCGACUCUGCAGCAGCUUCAGUGGAGAGUGGACGUGGCCAUCUCCACCGGGUCUCUGUCUCGCGCUCUGCAGCCGUCCGUCCUGAUGCAGAUGAAACUCUCCGACGGAUCCAUCAAACAGUUUGAGGUUCCAGUGUCAAAGUUCCAGGAGCUGAGGUACAACGUGGCUCUGAUCCUCAAAGAAAUGAACGACCUGGAAAAAAGAAACAUCCUGAAAAUCCAGGACUGAGAGAAAAUAUCUGGACUUUUCAAACGACGUUUUGCUGUUUUAUACGGUUUUAUUACAAAAGUGUAAAUAUAAAUGUGAGUCAGCGCUGUCUAAUGUUUUUCCUUUUGAUUUAUGUUUUACCGUGAAGUAUUAAAAAGGUAAAUUCCUAAAUAUAAAA